GCAAUAUAUAUGAACAUUAUAUAUUGGUUUACUUUUCUCACAUCAAUUCUAUGCAUUCAAAUACAGCUUUCUAAAUUUAGUAUGUUGAAUUCAAUAGACGCUUUUGAAUUAUCUAAUUAUGCAAAUGUGCAAUAUUAUGGUCCAAUUUAAAUAGGGACUCCAAAAUAACAAUUAAGUGUUAUUUUUGAUACAGGAUCUCCAUAUCUUUGGGUUACAAGUGAUUAAUGUUCAAAAUAAAAAUGUCAUGAUAGCAAAAAAUUUCUAACUUUUAGAUCAUCAACAUACAAAAACUUUUCUAAAUCUGAUGAAUUUGAAUAUGCUUCAGGAAGUUGCAAAGGAUAUUGGGGCUCAGAUUAUGUUUAAUUAUUAGGGGAUGAUAACACAAGAGUAAAUUCAAACAUUUUAUUCGCAUAUUAAGAUUCUGGAUUUGACGCAGUUAAAUCAGAUGGGAUAUUGGGCUUAAGCAAUGAUAAAGAGAUUGAUAAUAUAUUUGAUUUGGCAUAUUAAUAAGGUUCAAUAAAAUCUAAUCUUUUUGCAAUGGAACUAAGAAAUACAAGGGAAUAAUCACUAUUUUAUUAUGAUGAUAUCCCAUAAGAGAUUAUGGAUAAUGUGGAAUGGGUUCGAGUUUUGAGAAAAGACUAUUGGGUAUUUAAUUUAAUUAGAAUAGACACUAAAAGUUUUAAAUAUCUAUAUUGAUGGAUAUCCUCUUAAGACAGGAAAUGUGAAAGAAGCAUUAAUUGAUUCCGGAACAUCACUUUUAUAUCUUCCUAAGAAUGUUGUAUAUAAAUUAUUUGAAGAAUUAAUUUUAUAAGAUUGCAGAUUAUUCGAUAGUAAUGUAUUUUGUCCUUGUAAAAUACCAAGAGAUAAGGUUAAGUAAUAUCCAAUAAUAAAAGUAUUUUUGGAAGGAUUAAUUUUAGAAUUAGAUAUUAAUGAUUAUAUGAUGACAGAUUUGUCAUAUUUAGGAUUAUGUUAUAUAGGAGUUGAGAUAGAAUCAUAAAUGAAUAUAAUGAUAUUUGGUGAUAUUGUCAUGAGGAAAUAUGUAGUAGUAUUUGACAAGUAGAAUAAUAAGAUAGGUUUUAAAGGGUAUAUAAUAAAAUAGUAAAAUUAGUGUUGAAAAAUUGAAGAACAUAAAAACAACAAGUUAUUAUUGGAUUGAAAUAAUAGGAUUUGUAGCAAUAAUUGUUAGUUGUAUACUUUUAUAGAUGAAUUUAUCAAAAUUAUGAU